GAGAGAGAGGAAAGGGGAAGUUGGUUGCAAGGGCAGAUCCGCGAGCGUCGCGGGACCCGGGCGGGUGCCAAGCGCUGGCUUUUCGUCGCUCCUGGCAGCGGGCGUCAUAGAGCACGGUGGGCCGUGGCGACCGAGAGAGAGGCUCUAUCUGCCCCGCCCGCUCUGGGUGGCGCGGAACAAGAGGUAUACCUCAGAGAUAUUGGUUCCAGAUCAUCGGUAUAAAGCAAAUAUUGCAGUAAACAUCCUCACCAGGAGUAGAGUCCAUCUCAAGAAACAACUUUCUUGCUCAUUUCCUCUGGUGUGCCACUGAAGAUCUCUGCUUCACCAUGGGCCGCCGACCCGCCCGAUGUUAUCGCUAUUGUAAGAAUAAGCCAUACCCAAAGUCUCGCUUCUGCCGAGGUGUCCCUGAUGCCAAGAUUCGAAUCUUUGACCUGGGGCGGAAGAAGGCAAAAGUGGAUGAGUUCCCACUCUGUGGCCACAUGGUGUCGGAUGAAUAUGAGCAGCUCUCUUCCGAAGCCCUGGAGGCUGCCCGUAUUUGUGCCAACAAGUACAUGGUGAAGAGCUGUGGCAAAGAUGGCUUUCAUAUCCGAGUGCGGCUCCACCCCUUCCAUGUCAUCCGCAUCAACAAGAUGUUGUCCUGUGCUGGGGCUGAUAGACUCCAGACAGGUAUGCGGGGUGCCUUUGGAAAGCCCCAGGGCACAGUGGCCAGGGUCCACAUCGGCCAGGUGAUCAUGUCCAUCCGCACCAAGCUGCAGAACAAGGAGCAUGUGAUUGAGGCUCUACGCAGGGCCAAGUUCAAGUUCCCUGGUCGUCAAAAGAUUCACAUUUCCAAGAAAUGGGGCUUUACUAAGUUUAAUGCAGAUGAGUUUGAAGAUAUGGUGGCUGAAAAGCGGCUCAUCCCAGAUGGCUGUGGGGUCAAAUACAUCCCUAAUCGUGGCCCCCUGGACAAAUGGCGUGCCCUGCACUCAUGAGUCUUCAUGCUGCCCCUCUUCCACUAAUAAAUCCUUAUUUCUGUCAAAAAAAAAAAAAAAAAAAAAAAAACCCCCACAAAAAAAACAAAAAAACAAAAACAAAAAAAAAGAACCAAAAAACCCCCCACUUUCUUUGCUCAUUCAUAAGCAACUUCUCAUCUAUUAGUUUUAUCGCGAGAUUGCAGCUGUUCAGUCACAUCUUCAGGCUUUACUUCUAAUUCUAGUUCUCUUGCUGUUUCCACCAUAUCUGCAGCUACUUCCUCCUCUGAAGUCUCGAACCCCUCAGUCAUUCACGAGUGUUAGAAUCUACUUCUUCCAAAAUCCUGUUAAUGUUGAUAUUUUGACCUCUUCCCAAGAAACACAAAUGUUCUUAAUGGCAUCUAGAAUGGUGAAUCCUUUCAGAAGGUUUUGAUUUACUUAGCCCAGAUAUGUCAGAAGAGUCACCGUCUAUGACAGCUAUAUCCUUACAAUUAUAUUUCUUAAAGAGUAAAACUUGGAAGUCAUAAUUACUCCUUGAUCCAUGGGCUGCAGAAUGGAUGCCAUGUUAGCAGGCAUGAAAACAAUCUUGUACAUUUCCAUCAGAGCUCAUGGGUGACCAGGUGCAUUGUUAAGGAGCAGCAAUGUUUUGAAAAUAAUUUUUUCUUUUGAGCAAUAGGUCUUAACAGUAGGCUUAAAAUAUUCAGUAAGCCAUCUUGUAAAUAGAUGUGCUUUCAUCCAGGCUUUGUUCCAUUUAUGGAGCACUGACAGUAGAUUUAGCAUAAUUCUUAAGGGCCCUACAAUUUUUGGAAUGGUAAAUGAGAAUCGACUUAUACUGAAAGUCACCAGUUGAAUUAACCCUUAGUAAGAGAGCCUGUUCUUUGAAGCCUUGAAACCAGGCAUUGACUUCUCUGUAGCUAUGAAAGUCCUACAUGGCAUCUUCCAAUAGAAGGCUGUUUCAUCUACUUUGAAAAUCUGUUUAGUGUAGCCACCUUCAUUAAUUAUCUUAACUAGAUCUGGAUAACUUGCUGCAGCUUCUACGUCAGCACUUGCUUAACCUUACGCUUUUAUGUUAUAAAGACAGCUUCUUUCCUUAAACUUCAUGAACCAGUCUCUGCUAGUUUCAAACUUUUCUGCAGCUUCUUCAUCCCUCUCAGCCUUUAUAGAACUGAAGAGAGGGCCUUGCGCUGGGUUAGGCUUUGACUUAAGGGAAUGUUGUUGUUGGUUUAUCCAGACCAUUAAAAUUUCCUUUAUCAUCAAUAA